AUGCUUGAGAAUGUAAUUGGGUUUCUGGGCAAUAAUGUCACUGAGCCGGCCGUCACCUCCCUUGUGGCACAUGAGAGGUAUAGCCGGAGCAGUAGGGACAGCAACACUGGGAGCGCGCCGCAAAACGUUGCACAAUCUCGUGUCCCUGUUGUGGCUCCUUUUAACCCCUCCCCAACUGCAGCCCUUGAGGAUCUCCCUCCCAUGGCUCUCGGACGGUUUACUCUUGACGGCCAACAGGGAGCCACCCUGAUACGGCCCAUGUAUCGUCGAAUGUUACGCCAACUAGCUUCAAUGUUGGAUGAGAUGCAGCAGAUGGAACAUAAUCAGCAUGUUCGAUUGGAACGAGACCUUGCAAUCUACCUGCUACCAGUGUUGCAACUACUAGAUGCCAUUGACAGACAAGGUAUUACUGAAUGA